GGCGUGGCUUGAAAUGGUUUUCACUCCUAAGAAGCACCAAUUCUAAAACAACACAUUAUAUUCUGUCAUAUAUUUUCGGUUCAAUACCGUAACGCUACCGCUCCCGCUGUGGACCUUUUGAGGCUGAGGUACCAAAACCGCGUUUGUAAGCCCUAAAAGGUACGACGAGCAGAUCUCCUUACUUUUUAUAUGAAAGUCCCCGCUCCCAUCCGGGGCCUGUUGCAUCUUUCCAGUGCCCGGAUAAACGUUAAAUAAUUUCACAAAGAAACAAUUCGAUAACAUUGCUGGCAGUUCAGUGCCAGGCCAUCAAAAUUGAAAGUCGUAAACCAUCACUAACGCGCGUUAUUCGGAGGCAUGUUCCAACUAAAUUUACAGUAUUUUAUAAGGGGGCGCCAUUUUGUUGUCCCUCAGAGGUGGUGAGACUUGAGUGCCAUGUGUUUCUUGGGUCCCUCGUGUUAUAUAGGGGGGUGCCAUUUUGUUGUCCCUCGGAGGUGGGGAGUCUUGAGUGCUCUGUGUGUCUUGGAUCCCUUGUGUAUUCAUAUCACAUUAUGUCAUGAACCCCUGAAUGAAAUAGACCGGGAAUAUGAUCUUUACCAGGCCACUCGGUCACUACCACUGCAUGCUACCCCUCCACGACUUACAAACCAUGGCUGCCCCUUCUUUAAUUUUCUCUGCAGUUCUGCGUCACUUAGUCUACGAGGUCUUAGCUUUCCCUCCGGAGCCCAGAUUAAUGCCAUCUUGGGAUGUUGAUUGGCAUUCAUUCUGAAGCCAAAAAAGCGAGGUCUGGGAGAGAAAAGAGGAGGGCUUUUCUCUCCCAGACCCCGCAGGUCGCCCUCGCGCUUUUUCCAUCGUCCCCACUGGCCGAGUGUCAGAAACAAGCUACAGCCUACCUUCUUAACAAGAUUUCUAUUUCCCAUGUAGGUCUGCCAGAACCCAUUGCCUUUUAUCCUCUCAACGAACAAUACGGUGCUAAGGACAUAAGUCAGCAAAAGAACCCGCCAGGAAAAGUAAGAGGCGUUAAGUAUGCGCCCGGAAACUACGGGCAACCCGCGGGAUCCUUCUACUUCUCCGGUUCUUCAUCAAGUUACGUCGAAUUCCCAAAUAACGGAGGUCUUGACGCCAGAAACUCCAUGACGUUUGUGGCCUGGAUACGACCUGAAAAUUCUGCUGGGCCUCUGUUUAAUUACAAAGUGAAUGACAGAGGAGUUUACGUCUGGCUUGAAAGCCCGAACAAACUUGUUGCCAAGUUUGAAAACCUGGCUUCUAAUUUACCUUACGCUAUUGAAAGCGACAAAAUUCGGCUCAAAAAGUGGAAUUACGUUGCUGCGUCCUACGAUCACUCAGAUGGAACUGCCAAGCUGUGGAUAGACGGCAGACAGGUGUCCCGUUUAAACUUGGGACGCUCUGAGAUCGCCACUCAGGGUGAUGUAAGAAUGGGCGCUUUGGUCGGUGAUCCGCAAUUCUACAAGGGCGCGAUCGCGUGCGUGCAAAUUUAUAACAAGUCUUUAUCGGAGCAGGAGAUUAACGCUGUGAAGGACCGGUGUCCCAUUGAAGUGCAAUCACACCAUAUCGGUUGCUAUGCCGACAAAUCAUCGGCGCCAGGAAUCCCCUCAUUAGAAGGUAAAGACGUCUUGUUAGAUGGUGACCCGAAAACAAGAGCGGAAGCUAAAGAAAAAUGUUCCCGCGUUGCUCUCAAACGCGGUUACGUCUAUUUCGCCAUUCAAGAUGGCGGACGUUGCCUUUCGAGUCUUACUGCGCAAGACACGUACAGCAAGUACGGCCUGUCAGCGGACUGCCAGGGUGGAAAAGGCGGGAAGAUGGCAAACGAUGUGUAUGAAGUUAUUAUGUUCAGCGAUCAGACGUGUUGGAAUGGAUGGGAUGCAAUUCAAGAUUCCUGCUUCAGACUCUACGACGACAAAAAGACCUGGACUGAGGCACAAUCCUUGUGCAGGACAGAGAAAGCAACUCUAGCCACACUGAACUCGGAAGAUAAAAACUACUUCGUGUUCCUGCAACUUGUCAAACCGGCCAAUCCCAGCUCCAAUCCAGUGUGGAUAGGGCUGUCACGUGACACAGAAAACAACUUUCAUUGGACAGAUGGAACUCUGGUGGAGUAUACCAACUGGGGCCCAGGCCUACCGGAUAACAGUCCAGGAAACAACAAGAACAGCACUAAAAUGAAUGUGUACUCGGGACUUUGGGAAAAUGAAGAGUUUGACUUUACACAUCCUUUUGUUUGUGGGCGAGUUAUUCCCUCAACACCACGAGACCUACAUGUCAAACGGAUGGACAGUCACUCAGCCCUGGUCACAUGGACAAGUUCUGAGCAGUCGCAGCAGCGACUAGUAACGUCAUAUUACGUAGAGUACAAAGUGACGAAUGGUGAACAGGUGUCACUCAAGGUUGUGCUGAAUCAUAACAGCACUAGUUUAACUGGUCUUCAGACACACGCUGAGUAUCAGGUCAGAAUCCGGGCAGUGAACGGCGCUGGAGGAGGAAUAUGGAGUGAUUAUCAGACUUUCUCGACUGGAAUAACAUGUAAGAUAGGGCUGUCUAGUUUGUUGCUCUUGUAUGUGUGUUCUAAUUAUACUUAAUCAUAUCUUUUUGGUUCGCUUGGCCGGCAUAUCACGCAAGUUUGGACGGCAUAUCAGGCA